GUCAACAAUGACCAGUCUAAAGGUAUUCCGAAAGAAGAUUAAAAAUGGAAAGACGAAAGGGGAGAAUUAAACAAAUUAUUAAGGCACACCUUCUUGUUAUGUGAAUGCAGAGAGUAUAAAACUAACAUAGCAGGAUGAUAGACAUAGCUGUACUGGCGGGAGUGGCUAUUGUCAUUUCCUCUGUUGUGAUGGUAUUUGGAUGUGUUUGUCAUCUGUUUAAGAGAGGAUCAGGAUUCACAACAUUUGAAAAUGAUUUGGAGGGUGGCUUUGGAAACACAGUCUUUUCCCAAGAUACCUCUGAUAUAUCACAAGUUACAUUUGAGACCAUCCCAGAUAUACUAGCCAAGACAGUGACUGCUACAGCAUUGAGGCCUAGAAUAUCCUGUACCAAUACAGAAAUACAGAAACAGAGUGCUAAACGAGUCGCAUCCUUUAAAGCUUUUCCCAGGAGUCAUCUGACCUACAUAAAAGAAAUGGGUGUUGGUUGGUUUGGUCAGGUACUUGUAAGUGAAGCGUACAACAUGGUGACAAGUAGUAGGAGUACACGUGUUGUUGUUAAAAUGAUGAAGGAUGACGCUAACUCUACAGAACAACAACUAUUCCUUCAGGAUCUCUCAGUCUACAGAGAGAUGGACCAUCCCAAUGUAUUGAAGUUACUAGGACAAUGUACAGAAGCCUCUCCUUUCUUAACUAUUGUUGAGUAUGCUAGCAUGGGAGAUCUGAAGAGUUACCUGAGAAAAGAACGACAGAUUGUAAAAACGAUGAAGGAUGGUAUAGUGAGGAUGCAGUUCUUAACAGACAUGGCGUCAGGACUGCAAUGUCUUCAUGUCAAUGGAUAUCUUCAUCAUGAUUUUGCUUGUCGUAAUUGUGUGGUGAUGUCAAAUAUGACUGUAAAGAUUGGGGAUUAUGGUGUAGCUGAAGACCACUUUAGGGAGGACUAUUAUGACAAUGGCCAGGAUCUUUUACCGAUCAGAUGGAUGGCUCCAGAGAGUAUAUCGUUAACUAAUUCUAUUUGGCAAGUUACUGAGUUCACUAAACAGUCCAAUAUGUGGAGUUUUGGAGUAGCCAUGUUUGAAGUAACUGAAUAUGGACACCAACCUUAUAAAGAUCUCUCAGAUGAAAUGGUCUUACAGAAUAUGAUUAAAGCUUAUCCAACAAGUAUAGAGCUACCCCACACAGACGAUCCUAUCAAAUCACAAUUGUACCAGAUGAUGCAGCUGUGUUGGCAGGACUCGUCACAUCGUCCACAGAUAGAGGAGAUUCAUGCUCAGCUUCAGAAGAUUCAAUCUGAAAAAGAGGCUGCAGAUGAAGCAGAGUUUGAGAGGAAGUGGGCCAAGAUGUCCACACGGGAAGCUAGAGUUGUUAAAGUUGAAGUUCAUGCUAGUGAUAUUUCGGGAAUCAAACAUAAUGUUGUGGAUGACAUUUGUGCAGCAGAUUUUAAUUCCAAUUCCUUGCCUACUCACAUCAAUGCUGAUGAAAAGGGAGACAACUUUAAUUGUGAAAUUGUCAGUGGUAGUAUAGGACAUGACAGUCCUAUUAGUACUCCUAACAGACCUACGGUCCAUCGUUCUACUAGUACACCUGUAGGGUCUAAUAAAGAUUCAAACAAAGUCAGUAAUUCUCAGCCUAGUACUCCUUUAUCGUCAGUAAGAGAUACGAACAAAGUCAGUAAUUCUCAGCCUAGUACUCCUCUAUCGUCAGUAAGAGAUACGAACAAAGUCACUAGAUCUCAACCUACUACUCCUCAAGUGUUCGCCAAAGAUGUAAAUAAAGACAGUUAUUCUCAGAUCAAUACAUCUAAAGUUUCAUUGGAUGACAGGAACAAUGUCAGAAAUUCUCAGUCCACCACAGAUGAGGUCAAAUUUAGUAAUAGUGCUCAAAUCCUUACAAACAAGUACCAAACUGAUAUUAGACCUCAGCUAGCUACAAACAAUGACCAAGCCCUUAUUUCUACUGACAAGGAACCAGUAAAGCUUAAUAACAGUAUACCGGACAUAUGUUUAAAUGGUACAAAAAUAGAGGACAGUCCUAGUUCAGACAGUAGCUUUUGUGAGACACAAUUAGAUUUAACAGUAGAUAAAGAAAGUAAAAAUUCACAAAGUGUCAUUCCCGGUGGUAUGGAUAGAAGCCAAGAGAAAAAACAUAAAAACGAGAAUAGCGUUAGUUUUGCAAAUAAUGAAGUUACAAAUUCACGAGAUCCUUCGGGACAAUUUAAUAGUGUUGAUAGUAUUAUAGAUUUUGAAGAAAAUUAUGGCGAAACUCCUAAUAGUGUUCAUAAACAAGAAAUGUUAGAUAACUUGCCAAAUAAGGACAAUGUUGAAGAUAUCUAUUCUGAAACAAAUGAUAAAUCAGACAAUAUUGACGAUUUGUCAGAUGAGAAUGAAGAGGAUGAGGCUGAGAAACUAAGACUGUUAAAGCUAACUCUAUCUGGUGUUUUAUUAUCGACAGACGUUAAAAGUUCCGUAGAUGAAAAUAGUGGAAUAUCUAGUCCAACAUCAGACGACAUGGAUAUUGCACGUGAAAUUUACAUUUCAAAGGGCAUGUCUGCUCCUCCCUCUAAAUAUACAUCAACUCGUAGUCUAAAUACAAUUCUGGAAGAUGAACUUCUGUGUGAGGAUGAACCUCAGACUAAAGCCUUCUCAAACGAACUAAAGUUUGUUGAACCUUCAGAGGAGUACAAUAUGUCUGAUUCUUUCAUAGACAGUUUUGAAUGGGAUGACUACAUUGGAGAUGAACUAGUGGGCCGGGUCCGUAGUAGUGACAUAUCUCCAAGAGAGUCCAUUGAUUUUCCAGAUUGGACAAUGGAACAAGACUCCUCUAGUCAAGACAGUGAAAUUCAUAAUGACUCCAAAAACGAUGCUAAUCGGAGUGGAAAAUCAGGAAGAAAAAUUAAUGCAUCUAACUUGUCAGACUCUGAGGUAAAGAACAGUCCACUUGGAGCUAUGGCUUCUUCUAAAAGUCCAAAGAGUCCGCUUGGAGCUUUGGCUUCUACUAAAAGUCCAAAGAGUCCGCUUGGAGCUGCUGCGCAUUCUUAUGUAAAACAUAUCCUCUCUAAUCGUUCAUCUAACACUAAUAAGAAUGUAUCUUUCUACUCCUUCUCUCAUAAUACCGACCAGGACCAGGAGCAUGGUACCAGUACUACUCCCCAAUAUAACCCUAUGGAUGAAUGGGAAAUAUGACACACAAGGAUUCUGAUGAAGACACUACACUACUGGAUACAGAUAAGACUCUGACAGAAGAUGGUGUGGAAAAGGAGUAGAAAAGUCUGACAGACAAUCCAGUUGUUUCGAAAUAUUGCUUUAUAUUUGCUGUGUGAUAUCUUAAUUCACAAAAAAAAUGUUACAGAAAAGUGCUUGAUGUCUGCAAUGUCUGCAAUGUCAAAUUUUGUUGAUUUCACAAUUUCGACUUAUUUUCGGCAGACAUAUGGUGUGAUAUUUUCGUGUUUAUUUUGAAAUCAAUUUAACUGGAAAACAAUUGUUAAUCCUUGUGGAAUGAUUUGGUUUAAAUUGUUUUGGUUAUUAUAUACCGGUACAUUAAUGCCAAAAUUAAUGAGUAAGAGCUUGUGACUUUGAAUUCCCUCGUUUAUCGUUUGAAGAGGAAAUAGAUACUAUUUAUAUUUAAAAACAGUCUUGUAUAAUUAAAAAAACUACUAAACUUUUAUGUCACAAGAGGACAGAAGUGCUUUCAAUCCACAAAUUUUGUAUAUAAUAUAUUAUAUUAAUAAUAUUGAAAUAACAGUAUUGGUUUAAUCACAUUUAUUGCCGAUUUCACAGAUUUAAGUAUCCAGCGCCAUCUGUGGUUAUUAGUGUACAUGAAAACAUCAUUUAACAAUCGAUUUAAAUAUUUGUGUUAUGACAUUGAUUACUCUGACCCAAGAACCUUUAUAAAUCCUGGAUAUAGAAUUCCAUAAUUCAUCAUCGAAUACAUUUGGGGAAAUUGCUGAUGACUAUCAGGUGAUGUGUUUAAUUGAGACAAAACAUUUAAAUAAACUUCUGUACAGUGUAAACAAACUGUUCCUCUUUGUUGUUAAUAUAAACUUAGACCACGAACCAGUUAAGGGACAGACUGCAACUUCAAUGAAACUUUCAAACAGAAUUUUUAAAUAAAUCUUGAUAUUUUAGAAUUUUUACUUUGACAGAUAAGAAAGAUGAAUUAGAAUGAUUCCCCUUUAGAAUCCCUCUUGGGAAAAGAUUUAAGUUAAUUGUUCAAGAAAUCAAUGUUUAUUUUUGAUGCAUGACAGAUACAAACCAUUUUAUACUUUAAUGUUUAUUUGCUCUUAGUGUGUAAACUGUGUUCAGUUAGGCCAGAAUGAAGAUAGUUUUAGUGUCUCAACAACCUCUCAGCAUCAUCUUUUUCAUUAGUUUUGAUAAAAAAAACCAGAACAUUGAUAUUCAUAACUUUUAGUGUUUAUUCCCUCAUACCAAAUUAUUUUUUAAGAAAAGAAAUUUAAGAUGAAAAAAAAUACAAACUUAUUUUCCAAUAAAAUAUUAAUAAAAAAAAAAGAAAGAAAACCAAUCUUUCUCAUUAGAAAUUAAGAAGAUUUGGUGAGUAGGCCUUACAUAUAGAGAUGACAACUCAAAAUUUAGUUUGGUGUAGUGUUACAUUAAAAACUUUUAAAAGUUUCAUUUUUAAUGGAUUUCAGCAAGUUGAAUUGAGAAAUUUCUUCCUUUUUUUCUUCAAAAUUUUGAAAGCAUUCAUAUUUGUCAUUGCUCUAUCACCUUAAAAUGAUUUGACAACCAAAGAAAUAUUCCCAUCUUAUGGUUUUUUAAACAUAGAUAAAAUAAGUAUUUUUACAUAAACACUUUUCUUAAGGAAGUGAUGGUAAAGCCUAUUGAGACAGCAACCCAACACCAACACUCAAGUAUGUAAGGUGUCUAGUUGAUCAACAUAAAGCCAUCACCAAAGUCCAACUAUACCAAAUAUCAAGCCUAAACCUUCUAUUUCAAUGCAAGCUCAAAAUCAUCUUAACCUUCUUCGGUUAAGUCAAGUUUUUUCAUUAACAAUUGAUUUAUUUAUAAUGGUAGAGGUCAGGGAACUAACAUUAUUUUGUGCUGGGACCAUUUCUAGUUUUAUUUUGACUUAAAUAAAAUUAAUUAAAUUAGCCUUUUUACCUAGUUUAUUUUAAUUGGUUGAUCGUAAUUAGCAUUUAUUUAAUAACACUGCUUAUAAAAUGAAAAAAAAGAGACGGCUCCUUUCAAAAAAGUAUUUUACUUAUAUUAGCAAUGAUUUAGGUUAUUCAAUUAUCACAAACUUGAUAUGUUUUGGUAAAAUAAGAUGUAUUUUGUGCAUAUAUUUUAUAAACAGAAAAUAUAUUUAAGUAAUUACAAACAUUUUUAUAUUUCAACUUAAACUAAAUACACCACAUUUGAAAAUACCUUUGAAAGUUCAUAAGAUCAACAUUAUCUAGUUGCAUUCUCAUUAUAAGAGUAAAAUUGUCUCUGUUGUGUUUCAUUGGUUUAAAAAAUACCCACUGGACAAACAGUCAACAUCCUGUAAAUAGAAGUUAUGAAAUUUUUAGUACAUUUAGUCAAAGUCCACACUUUAUAAUAAGCACAUUUAAAUGAUAAAACAAAAUUUCAAUGUAUUUAUUUAAUAGCUAUCAAUCAAUAUGCAAAUGACUGCAAUAGCUGUCCUGUUUAUUGUCAAUGAACAACAAGAAUCCUACUGAUGAAAAAGUGAGGAUAAGUUCCUCCACAUACACUGAUAUGUGAUUGAUAGGGAACUUUCAAUGGUAUUAUUAAAUGUAGUGUAAAUGUAACUUAUUUAUAUUAAUCAUGUAUAACUAGUCAUAUCUAAUAUAUUAUAUUUAUUUUAAUAAGAGAUUCUAAACAUGGUGCAAUUGUCAGUAAUAUUUAUUCAUAUUCGUUCAUGUUCAUUCACAAAUUUUGUUUA